ACUCUGCAACAGACGUAACUAAUUCAUAACAAACUGCCAGACUAAACGAAAGCUACGAGAAAUCAUGUUAAUUAGAUUAUGAAUAAGCAAGGCGGAGUAAGUGGUUCUUAUAAAUAUUAGAAGAACUGUGACCCCCUCCAUAACAUCUCACCGAUUAAACAAUAUGCCGUCUGAAAUCAGCUCUAAAGGUGCCAAGAAGGCCACCAAGGCCAAAUCCUCACGUUCCGGCGACAAGAAGACAAAAAGAAAGCGAAAAGAAAGUUAUUCCAUCUACAUUUAUAAAGUAAUGAAGCAGGUGCACCCGGACACGGGUAUCUCCAGUAAGGCGAUGUCCAUCAUGAACAGCUUCGUCAACGAUUUGUUCGAGAGGAUCGCAGCCGAAUCCAGCCGCUUGGCUCACUACAACAAACGUUCGACCAUUAGUAGCCGUGAGGUGCAGACUGCUGUCCGUCUUCUUCUUCCAGGUGAACUGGCUAAACAUGCUGUAUCGGAAGGUACCAAGGCUGUUACCAAAUAUACCAGUAGCAAGUAACCAGAGAAGACCAAAACCUCUUUGCUGCUAAUUUUCGGCCGAGAAAUUAAGAAAGAAAAAAAAAAAUCCUUUCAGAAUCACCACCUAUUCUGUUUAUUAUUAUUGCAACACAAACGGUUAUGGAAAUCUCCCCUUCACCUAUGUCAUUCAUAUAUCGUCCUCUUAUUUCAUACAAGGCAAGUGUAAAUAUCCUUGCUUUGCCAACUAAG